AUGGGGAUUUUGACGGCUGUUCCAAAGCAGAGACUUUUCCAAAUUUGGGAGAUCUUCACUUCCAUUGACACGGACUCCGACUUGCAAGUUGAUGCAGCUGAAGUGAAGUGCUUCUUCUAUCACUUGGGAGCGGCUUCAGAAGAUCCGCGCUGCAGGGCCGCGAUUGCGGCUCAGUUCAAUCACCCAAACUCUGAAGGUCGAGCCUUUGCCGCGCAAGAUUUCGUUGACGCUUUGUCACAAGAGCCAACAGACACUCUUAAGCGCUCUGGUUGGGUUCGAUGUUUCGGGCCAGUUUUUCCAUUGCAGGAUGCGACAGGAUCACAGAGUUCAGCAACCAAAGGAUCAGUGCAGCCAAUGUCGGAAGCAAAGGAUAUCUACGAUGAACCAGAGCAGAGACUUUUGACAUCAGGCUUUUGGCAAUUCGCAGGGUGUCCGUUGUGCAGGCCGUCUGGCGAGUCUACCGAUCUGGGCCCUGUGGACCUGGUGGAUGAAUUCCGAUUGGUGGCUCUGAAGCAGCGCUGGGGUCGCUUUUCUUCUUGGAAAUUGGCUGCCGCCGUCGAGCGCUUUCGGCAAUACAAUGAGCGGUCGAGGAUGGAGAGGAUCCUGGGUCUGAACCUGUCUCGCCCAGAUCUCAUAUCUAUUGCCUUGAAUUUGUUCGCGGCUUUUUCCUCCAUACUGGAUGUCUACACGGAUGUGGAACUUCUCAUGGCCAUCUUCAACAAGUCAAAAGACUGCUUGGACUUGUCAUGGGAGAGUGAAGGUUGCCUCCACCAUAGUUACAUGAAGCUCGGAAUCUUGCUUGCCCUUUCCAUUGCGGCUCCUUUCGUUAUUUCCUACAGCCACAUCAUCGCAAAUUUGAGCUCGGCAGGGGCAUUGUUUACGUCGAACUCCCGCAAGUCCCACGAAGCGCCGGCCAACCAGCUGAGGCAAGAGAAUGGCUUCUUCUCGAAUGGCCGCAAUGCUUGCUUAGGUUUCCUUUUGGCUGGCUGGUUCGGGCCGAUCUACCUCGCCAUCCUAGAGUUGCCGUUGCUUUGCCGGGAUGUUCUGUGGGCACCAGUCACUUGCUUGCUUGGAAAGGGUGCCAGGGACAAAGGCGAAGCGGUAUGGGUCAGGAUCUUUCAGAGCCUGGGCAUUGUGGAUGGCGGAGGCUACAGAAAGCAACGCGCAAUGGCUCAGCUGUUCUUUGAAACCAUCCCGCAACUUUUGAUUCAGUUCUUGGUGGUAGAAGGAGUGAUCCAAGCUCAAGACCUGGUGGAAUCUGACCGAGAAACCAUCAUUCGCUCCCUUGUGUUGGCUGUCUUGCACCUGGGCUGA